AUGCCAGCACGAUUUAUACUCGUCAGUAUUGUUCUUUUACUUCUUUCAAGCUCCUUUGUCCAAGCUCGAAAUCGAGCUCCUCAGAAACGACGAUAUUCAAUAUCUACAAAAUCUCAUCGACCAUCAUCUGGAACUUUCAAUAGUGAAGACGUCUACACAGACGUGAAAGAACGACGUGAAAUCAACAAUGAACAGUCUUGGAAUGGCGAUGUGAAAGAACUGCCCAAUACAGCAUCAACUAUAUCACAACACCAAGCUAAUGAUGAACAAGUCGAGCUAUUCACUCGUCUCUUAUUCGACCGAUUGAAUUUAAAAGAAGCUCCUAAUGUAACAGUGAAUGUCAACGAUGACAUAGGCUUGCCAACAUCGAUAUUUAAACAAUUGGGAGAGCAAUCGAAAGAGCAUAUACAUGCGCAUGCAAAUGAAGAAAAACAUAAUUUACAUCAACAGAAACUUCAAGAAGAAAUUCACCCGACUGCUGAACGCGCUAUUCUACCUGGUGAUUUCAUUUUGAACCAUACAUGCCGUCAACAAUUGUCAGCCAAAUUAAAUAUUUUGGACACGAAUCUUCAACAAAUGGAUUGUUUUCGGUUCACAAAGUCCGCCAAAGAAUCAAAAAGUCUACCAACUAACCAACUGAUCACUCAGUUACGAUUAUACGUGAAGAAGAGCUAUUUCAAUCUCAAUGAAUAUCACCAUAAAAUCUCACCUGAUAUGUUUCAAGUCUAUCAAAUCUUUCGACCAACAUCAAACGAUACAGCUGUACAACCACCAGUAGGUCUCACCGAUACAACACGUCUAUUCAUAGCUCAAGUUCGAGAAUUAAACGAUAAUUGGUUUGAAUUAACUAUUGAUACCAGCAGUGAAGAUCCAAACAUUCAACAACUGUACAAACAACUUCUCAUGCCUUGGUACGGACUUGCCAUCGAUCAUGAUCUUCAAGUUUCAUCCCUGAAUCGAUACUAUUAUCGCCAGUAUCAUGCAAAGCGAUCUAAGGGAACUUCUGUACAUUCGAGCACUGAAGAAGAAAGCACUAAAGAAUCACAACAAUUACCUUACAUGUUAAUUGAAUAUGGUGAAAAGAUCUUUCCAUCGUCAUCCGGACGUCGAGGUACACGCGAUGCUGUACCACGUUUAGCUCGUGGUUGUCAUCCGACAAGUCCAUGUUGUCGGCGACCCUUGACUAUCGAUCUCGAUCAAGGUAAUAAUGCAUUGAACUUUGUUAUUUAUCCCCGACAACUUGACAUUGGUGAAUGUGUUGGUCUCUGUGGUAUCAGUGGAUCAUCUCUUCGGUUCGCUGAUGUGAAGAAUGCUCAACAAAGAAAUGCACAAAACUCAGCCUACAAUCUACUCCUACUUCAAAACAGUUUACAUGCAAAUCGAAGUACAACAACAACUCAAAUCAAUCGAAUUGAUCAACAUUCACCACAAUGUUGUUCGUAUUCNUGUUUAUAUAUAUUAAAGAGAUUACAAAAGUGGUUCAACAACUGGUGCUCAUUACUUCUUAAAUCAUUUAUAACUUUGUCGACAUUGAUCCUUGUUGCUAUGAUUGUUUUCUAUCAUGCACUCGAAGUCAAAUUAUUCAUGAUUGACAAUUGCUUGGAUGAUUGGAGAAUUGCAAUGACAUGGCAACGUGUCCUACAAAUUGGUGCUGAAGUGUCAAUUUGUGCAAUUCACCCAAUUCCGGGAUCGAUAACAUUUAACUGGACAACACACAUGUCGAAUAAAGCUGAUAAUCCUUCAUUAAUGAAAACAGUUCCAGUCUAUGUAGAUAUUUUACUUUCGUUACCCAUGUUCUUUCGACUUUAUUUAAUAUGUCGUGUUAUGCUUCUACACAGCAAAUUAUUUACAGAUGCUUCAUCACGAAGUAUUGGAGCGUUUAACCGUAUUAAAUUUAACACAAGAUUCGUCGUUAAAACAUUAAUGACUAUAUGUCCUGGAACAGUUCUACUUGUUUUUAUUCUUUCACUCUUUAUUAUUGCUAGUUGGAUAUUGAGAGCGUGCGAAAGUAAUCAUGAUCCCAAACAUCAUGGAAACCUUUUGAAUUCAAUGUGGUUAAUUGCUGUCACAUUUCUUGCUAUUGGCUAUGGAGAUAUCGUACCCAACACCUACUGUGGUCGAGCUAUUUGUGUCGUGUCGGGUCUAACGGGUGUUUCGUGUACGGCAACGAUGGUUGCUGUGCUGGCGAGAAAACUCGAGUUAACACGUGCGGAAAAGCACGUUCACAAUUUUAUGAUGGAUACACAACUGACGAAGAGAUUGAAAAAUGCAGCUGCCAAUGUUCUACGUGAAACAUGGUUAAUCUAUAAAUACACGAAACUUGUUAAAGUUGUCAAUGCCUCGAAAGUGAGGACACAUCAACGAAAAUUCCUUCAAGCAAUUCAUAGUCUUCGAAAAGUGAAAUUAGACCAACGAAAAUUAACUGAUAAUGUUAAUGCUGUAUCAGACAUUGCUCGGUUGCAAUCAUCAGUCUAUGAUAUUGUUAAUCAAAUGUUAUCGAACCAAACAGUUCUCGAAAGCAAAUUUCAUGAAUUAGAUUCCAGAGUUCUAUCUCUACAGUCUCAAAUUGAAAAUCUGCCUAAUGUGAUGGUAUCAGCGGUUAAUGAACAAAAUAGUCGACUAUGGGAACGUUUAGAAUCGCGUGUUCAAACACAAUUGAAUUCUAUUCAACAAACAUUACCUACAAUAUCUGUGACUUGUCCUCAAAGACAAAAUACCGUGUGA